AUGCAGACGUCAACGUUGGUCGCCAUCUCCACUGGCACGGUACUGACCGGCUUGCUGGCCUACGCCGUGUACUUCGAUCACAAGAGACAGACGGAUCCGGACUUCCGCAAGUCCCUCAAGAGGAACAACCGACGCAUGGCCAGGGCCGUCAAGGAGGAGGUCGAAGCUCAGGGUGCCCACGAACGGGAAACCAUCAAGCAGGUCGUGCAGCAGGCCAAGGAUGAGGGCUUCCCCACCGACCUCGAGGAGAAGGAGGCUUACUUCAUGGGCCAAGUCGCCAAGGGCGAGUCCAUCUGCGGUGAAGAUGCAGACAAGAUCGAGGCCGCUCUCUGCUUCUACAAGGCCCUCAAGGUCUACCCCCAGCCCAAGGACCUGAUCGCCAUCUAUGACAAGACCGUCCCCAAGGAGGUGCUCGAGGUGUUGGCCAUGAUGGUCGCCAUGGACCCCGUCCUGCAGGUCGGCUCGUUCACCGGUGGCGGUGCUGGUGCCGACAACCACGGUGUCGAAUAA